AUGGCUAAUGAAUAUAAUGAAAAAGAAGUUGAAAAAGAUGAUUCUGAUAAAUGUUUGACUGAUAUAGGGAAACAAAAUGUAGAAUCAGAAAACAGAAUAGGAAAUGAUCAAGAAAUGGCUAAUGAGCUGCUACAAAAAAGAUUUGAAUGUUUAAAUAAUACUAUUGAGAAUAUGAAUACUCAUUUUAAUAAUAUAUUAAAAGAUAAUGAAGAAAAAUAUAUAUUAGCAUUUAACACAUAUAUGUAUGAUGUUCAAAAAGAAAUUCGUAUUUUGAAAAAGAUAGUGAAGCAAGAAAAAAUAAAACAAUUAAAGGAUGAAAAAGUAAAAAAAUUGCAAAAAGAGCUUAAAUGGUAUAUCAAUGAAUGUUUGAGAUUAGACAAUUUUUCUGAAUUUUUAAAAAAAGAAGCCGAAAAAUGGAAGAGAAAUAGUGAGCUUAUGAAAAAUCACAUGAUAUAUUUGGAAGAAAAGUUAUCAAAAACGUAUGAGAAAUUUAUUAAAAAGGGGAGUAUAAAAAAGGAGGUUUCAAAAAUAAAAAAUGAAAAAAAUGAAAAAAAAGAAAAUAUAAAUAACAUAACUAGUAUGAAUGAAGAUUCUACUAAGGAGAGUAUUUCUAUCAAACAGGAUGAGGAACAAAAGGAUGAAAGCAAAAAGGAUGAAAAAAAAAAAGAUGAGAAAAAUGAUAAAAUAUAUAAAGAAUUGGAUUAUAAAAUAAAAAAUUUAGAAAAAAAAUUAAAAAAACAAGUAACCUUAAAUUGUAGUCUGCAACAAAAACUUACAAAACAUUAUAUUGAAAAGUCAAAAUAUGAAAAAUUAUUUGUGGAUUGUGUCCAACAAAUUAAAAAGGAUUUAGGAAAAUUAAAUAUGAGCAAUGAUAAAGAGAAAUAUAUAGAUGAGAAUUUUUCAUCAUUAAUAAAUGAAUCUAAAUUUAGUUAUUUUACUAAAGAUGAUAAAAAAAAGUUGUUAAUUUCUUUUUUUUCAUCUAACGAUUUGAUAAAUUUAAUGAAAAAACAGGUUUUUAGUAAAGAACAAGAAUCUUUUAAUUUAAAACAAAAAAAUAGUUAUCCAAGUACAAGAAUAACAAAUCAAAAACUGUCAGAUAUAUCACCAUUUAUUUUGUAA